AUGGGAAAUGAUCCACGAAAGACCUGGACCUCCAUCGUCCCUCGCUGGCGUGGAGAUAGAUGGAACCGCUUGACACGGCAGACUAUUGACGAAUCGAACAGGUCUUGGUUCGUCGGCCCCGCUGGAAAUCGAAUUGUCGAGAAUGCCAUUCGCCACCCCAGCCAUUUUUUACGCGCAGUUUCCGUGUUCUGGUCCCUUGUCUCUGAACGCAGUCUCGUUGUCGUUGUCGGCUCCAGCAGCAAACCUCUUCGCCUCCCGCAGGCCUCCCCCUGCAACAAUUCUACGACGGGAGCCUCUUCCACGGCGGUUCCCCCACACGCCCACGCACUAUCCGAAGGACCUGAACUGAGCCCAGCGCUGAGAAUCAGUGCCCCGACCCGCUACUUGACCGCAGUUACGGCAGCCGUCGACAGCACUACGUUCGGUAGCGGCGCAUCGCCAUCUUCGCACCCUUCCCACCGUAUCCGUCCACCAUGUCCUGCACAGCAAACAGCCACCAAGGGCUUGGGUCUCCCGUCGCUUCUGAGGUCUUGGGAUGCCUCCGGUGCGUCCAUUCCGAGUGGCAUGCAGCCACCCGUUUCUAGAGACACCUGCAUCGCGGAUCUUCGAGAUGCCCAGUCUGGACUCGGGCACACUCCGAAUGUCAACGUUACCCCACAGAUGCAGAUACCAGACCUGUCGACUGUCACCAUAUUCAUUAGUGAUUCGACAACCGACACCUCGACAGCUCAUCUCCCCGCUCUUGCGCUAUCGCGCUCAGUCUUAAUCACUCACUGUAUCUACAACACUUGGAGUUUACGGUUCGAUAAUAGGCUUGGGGGCGGCGCCUCCUUGGACCACUUGUUGCAGUGUAAUCUGAAUGACCGAAGCUUGUGUUCCUGGUCUUGGCUGAGCAACGCCUCCAACCCCCGGCAUCAUUAUCAUCUGGGGCUGGGGCUUGGCUUUGGAGGGGAGUUCACCCAUGAUGCGAGCCCGCCGCCCCUCUCAACGAACCGCAGCGAUGGCGGCGCCAACUCAGCAGAAAACCUGCCUUGA